AUGACCUUGCCUGCGUCCGACAUGCUAUCGCUCAACGUCUUGGGUCUCAACUGCGGGACAAGCAUUGAUGGCAUCGACGUUGCGCACUGUCGAAUCUCAGCUAUCCCCUCGUCGAACGAUGUGCACAUUGAUCUGCUGUCUUAUAUAGAGAUCCCUGUCAACCCAGCUGUUCGAAGUCAAGUCCUCCGCUUAUGUCGGCCCAAUGAAAAAGAGGCCGCAACAUCUCUUGCUGAAAUAUGCGAUCUCAACUUCGCGCUCGGCCGCGAGUUCUCCCGCGCAGUCAUAGAAUCUGGGAUCGACUUGGCUCAAGUUGACCUCAUUGCCAGCCAUGGGCAGACAUUAUGGCACCAACCGCUUGGAGAGCAACGCUCGACCCUCCAGAUGGCCGAGCCUGCCUUACUUAAUCUGGCUUUCCCUCCGUCCUUGUUGAACACAGGUUCUAACUGGCAGCUUGAAAUCAGGACAGUGGUCAGCGGUUUUCGCGUUGCCGAACUAGCUGCAGGGCGUCAGGGAGCACCACUUGCUGGGUUCUUCGAGGCCUGCCUCCUCUCCCAUCCUGAGCUGACACGUAUCAGCCAAAAUAUAGGUGGCAUAGGAAACGCAAGUGUGUUGCCAGCUAAGAAUUCACGUACGGAAACGUCCCGCCCAACUUAUCUAUCAUUUGACACCGGCCCGGGAAAUGUUUUCAUAGAUGCGGCAAUGAGAAUUAUAAGUAACGGCGAAACCCAUUUCGACAAAGACGGAGCACUUGGACUGCAGGGAGAAUCCGAGAUAGAUGAAGAGGUUGUCAACAACUACCUGGCCGAAGAGCCUUACUUUCAAGUCAAGCCACCUAAAACAACAGGGCGAGAGCUCUUUUCAGAUGAUGUCGCGCGUGUACUCGUUGAAAAGAUGAGAUCUCGACACAUCAGCCCUCAGGCCAUUAUCGCCACUAUCACAAGAAUCACUGCUGAGUCGAUUGCCCGCGCGUACGAGCAAUACGUCCUACCUCAUCUUGAAGAUGGCAAGACAAUCGACGAAAUCUACAUCUGUGGCGGUGGUGCAUACAACCCAAACAUUCUGAAGCAUCUGCAAGCACGCUUUCCUGAUAGUCGAGUGGCCAGGCUCAGCGAAGCACCCACUAAGAUCGAGCCAAACGCGAAGGAGGCCGUCAUGUUUGCGUUGUUAGGGUUUCUGUCGGUCAGCGGCCGCACUGUUCCACUUGCGGAUGAUUCAGAGUCUACAGAGCCUGCUGUCAUGGGUGUCAUCACACCCGGUGAGAAUUAUCGGCGGAUUAUCGAGAUUGUGGCUAAAAGUGAAGGGUUCUUGACAAACGGAGUGCUGGGGCGUAUUCAAAUGUAA